GACCACCCUGCAAGGCCAGGCGGGCGGUGACGGCAGCGUGGAGAUGGACGCCACCCCUGGUGUGGACCUGAGCCGCAUCCUGAACGAGAUGCGUGACCAGCACGGGAAGGUGGCAGAGAACCUCAAGGGCGCCAAGGACUGGUUCUUCAGCACGGUGGGCGGCCGUGUGGGCGCAGGUGCUGCGUGCAGGUGCGCCUGGGACGCUCGCAGACCUGCUUACUGGGCCAGCUGGAAGCACUUUCGGAAACCCAGCUGGGCCAGCCACUGCGCUAGGUGUGAAACGUGGCAACCAGAGAGGCUUGGGGAGGAGGUCCAGGUUUCCACAGCUGGGUGAGGGCUCCCCUCCACGCGUGUUCCUAGGGCGUGUGUAUUUGUGUCCGGCACUCUCAUCCCUGGUAACUCAUACCGAGGCUCCGUGGAGUCCCAGGGAUGGUGCCCGGCAUGGAAAGGAUAAAACUGGUGCCUGUCUCUGAGCGCUGUGCGUGGCAGGAACCACGAUUGCAAGUGCCUGCACAAUCGCAAGUAGAUUCCAGAAGCUCCACCAUGGGCUUGAAGGUGACUGAGGGCAGGAGCCUUUGGGACCACACAGACCGGGAGGGGGGCGGGGUAGUUCUGAGAGUUACCCAGGGUGGGGUGCCCUGUCCCUGCCCCUGUCUUGCAGAUGGAGGAGCUGAUUUGCGAGGUGGCCCCCGACACCGAGGGAGGCCCCACAGAGCAGCGGUGCCGACGUCACCGAACUCCGCGGCUCUGUGCAGAACCUGGGGACGGAGCUCCGGUCCCCGCUUUGCACGGCAAGGCCUCUGUCCUCUUUGUCCACAUCACCCCGGGGUGAUCCACAGCCCCACACAGAUCGGGCCCUCUCUGGGCUGUGCCACCUCUCUCACAGGCCCCAGAAAGUGUCGCUGGAGAACAGCAUGGCCGAGAUGGGGGUGCGCUACGGGGCCGGGGCGCAGCUGCAGGGGCUGAUGGGCGGCGUGGAGCAGCAGCUGUGUCAGCUGUGCUGGGAUGCGGAGUGGCAGAGCCAGGAGUACCAGGUGCUGCUGGACGAGAAGACGCGGCUGGGGCCGGUGAUCGCCGCCGCCCGCCGCCCGCUGGAGGGCGAGGACGCCCUGCGAGUGGGGGCUACGGCUGCUUUCCCCAAAGGCCAUGAGGUUUUCGGGAGGCCACCCCAGCUGCUGCUCCUCCCCAGCAGUGCUCCCAGGGGUCCAGGCUGGUCUCCCUCCCUGUAGCCUGGCCACCAGUACUCCUGGUCUGUGGUUUCCCAGCCCACCUGGGAAGGUAAGAGCCGGCCCUGCCCUGCUCACAGGAGGGGCCCUGUGGAUCCAGAAGGAAGGAGUGGCUGAGAACCCCUCCGGGUGGGAGGGGAGGGGACCUGCUAGGCUGGUGGGUGGGAUAGGGGCUCCUACCUGAGGCUCCUGUGCCCCCGUCCUCCUCCGCCUGCAGUCGUGGUGAGCAGCCGCCAGGACUGCACCGUCAUGGAGGAAGUCCCGGCCAGGUGGUCUUGUCCCACAAGCAGGUGCACUGUGCACCCACUGAGGCCCCUUCUGUGUGACAGCCUGGCCUGCCUGGAGCACCACGGGGCAGCCAGGGCCCCCAGCUCCCAGCCCUCGCUGCUGUGCCCCAUGUACCCGUCUGCACCCCACCCACGAGCUGUGGCUUUCUGUCUCCACUUCCUGCAGCCCCCACCCAGGGGGCCUCCUGGGUCUCCCCCAGUGACCACGAUUCAAGCUUGGCCUGAAGUGCAGUCCGCGUGUGAUUUGUGGUGGGCGCUGCGGCACUGGGGGAGGGGGAGAGGUUAUUGAUCCUCUGCGGUCGGCUCGCCACUGCCAGGCUGCCCGGCCCACCACGGGGCCCCGGGCGGACGCGGGGGAAGGAGGCGGAAGAAUUGAGGGUGGAGGCGUGGGACCGUCUGCCAGGCCAGGGAGGUUUCUAAGAAUCAGUCUGUGGGUCCCUGAUUCUGUGGUUGGCCCCACAGACUUUCCGGGGACCACACCUGUUACACAGGGCUUCUUGCCUCAGCCCAGGGCGGGUUCCAGAGCAGAGGGAGAGGGGCUGGGCAGGGGGGUUUCCACAGGACCAGUCCAGGGCCCUGAUGAAUGACAGGGGGCGGCAGCAAUGAGCCAGCCCAGGGAACCAGACCGGCUCUGCCUGGCUCGGGGGCGUGUGCGAGCGUGGGGGGCGUCCUGUUUGUUUUGGUGGCUUGGCAGCCGCGAGGUUCUUGGGGAAUCUCUCGGCUGCUGGCGGGGGCUGUCUGGGCCUGUCUGGGAGGUAGAAGCCAUCGGCAGACUGAAACACGACCACAUUCCGCCCAGCAGGGCCUGCCGGGACCCCGGGACCCAGGCACGGCUGGGGAUGGGGUGCAGGGCGGGGUGGGCCCUGGGGUGGGGCGUGCAGCCCGCCCUGGGAGGGGCUCCAGGAAGAGCCUGUCUUUAGGCUUUGUACCCCUCUCUGAGGCCUCUUGGGUGUAGAAGGGGGAACAGAUCUCCUGUUACCCCCACAUCCCCCAACCCCGCUCCCCAUCCCACAGCCAAGCACCCCUUUGCCUGCCCCAGCCCAGGACCCCCACCUGUCAGAGGCACAUAGGGAAAGGCUUGCAAGAGGAAGCUGGGCCACCCAGGGGUCCUAGGGAUGGGACGGGGUCAGAAACCUGACCAGAUGGAGGCUGGGCCCCUGGGUGCAUUCCCCGCUCCUGGAGCUCCCUGUGGGUGAAGGGGCAGCCCGCAUGCCCCGCUGUGGGGCCAGGAGGGGCGGUGGAUACUGCAUCCGUCACCCCAGCCCCCGUUUCCUGCUCUGUGACCUGGGCUGGUGUCCUGAGGCUGCCGGGGCUCCCGUGUUGGGCGGUGGCCUGGUGGAUUUAGGUCCAGUUGCCAGGGCAGGUGGGCGCUUGGUGCUGGGCCGCCCUGUGUGUGGAGAGGGCGGGGGCUGCCUGACUUCCUGCCCCAUUUCUCCACCUGCCCCCGGCAUCCAGGUGGGCUGGGCUGGGGUGGCAGCAGCCCGGGAGGGCUGGGUGACGGUGACGUCAUGCCUGCUCCUCUUGUCCGUAUUAGGUCAUGGGAAAGCGUAGCUGGAGGGCCUGCCUGAAUCACAGGUGACGGGCCCGGGACCAGAGACACACACACACGCACAUGUAGCCGCCCAGCACAGGGGUUCGGCGAAAGGAGGCAAAGCCCCAUGAUGGGAGGGGAGGGGGCCGCAGCCACCUGGGAGCUGGCCGGGCGCCAGGGGUGAUGAAAGCCCAGGGGAAUGGAAACAGCGGAGCGCGCCUGUUGUAAUCGCUACGCCCACUCGCCGGCCUAUAAAGGGAGCAGGCGAGCCCCGGCAGCACCACGCACCUCGGCAACUCUUGCCUCCUCUCCAGCCCUCUCGCCCCACGCCUGCCGCCGGCCGCUGCUGCCAUGACCACCACCAUCCGCCAGUUCACC